UAGGCGAAUCAUCCCUCACAUCAGCGACGAUGCCUCACCGUGAAGACACGCCCACACCCGACAAUGGCUUUUAUGUCGUGGUUACUGGGGCCAACAGUGGCCUGGGACUUGGUAUCGGAACCCGCCUGAUUGACGAAUUCCUGCAAACUCGCCCCCAAAACGAGUCCCUCGUCCUCAUCAUCACCACACGCGACCAACGCAAAGGCGAUGCGACAAUCGAGAAGCUAGAACAGCACCUUCGCAAAGUCAUCCGCAGCCAUGAACAAAAACUACCGGGCAUCGCACAGGUGCUGCAGAAUCGCGUGUCUUUCCGCCAGGAGAGACUAGAUCUUCUCAGUCUGGUCUCAGUACAGAAGCUGAGCAAGAAGCUCCGGGAAACAACACCAAAGCUCGAUGCAGUCAUCUGCAAUGCUGGCAUUGGUGGAUGGACUGGCAUCAAUUGGCCCGGUGCCAUAUGGGCAAUCCUCACCAAGUGGAGAACGGCCAUCACUUGGCCUACAUACAAGAUGUCUGGCGUUGGAUGGACAGUAAAAAAUUCGCAAAUACCUGCGGACAAGAAGACGGAAGAAGAGCCUCCAUUAGGCGAGGUCUUCUGUGCUAAUGUCUUUGGGCAUUACCUCCUUGGUCACUACCUCGCACCCUUGUUGGCGAGACACCCCAAGAGUGAGAAGACAAGGGGGAGGAUGAUUUGGGUCAGCAGCUUGGAAGCAUACGACCAUGUGUUCGACCUGCAAGACAUGCAAGGCAUUCUGUCAGAUAUGCCGUACGAGGGCACCAAGAGGCUAACCGAUAUCCUGGCCAUCACUUCUACGCUGCCCUCAACAACAAAAUCUGUUGACGAAUAUCUCCAUCACGCCCAAGAUUCGGAAAAGACUACGAAGCCGCGACUCUACGUUUCUCACCCUGGCAUCUGCGCUACCUCGAUCGUACCUCUUCCCCUCAUCCUUCAAUGGUGCAUGGUCAUCUCCUUCUACAUUGGGCGAUUGCUUGGCAGCGACUGGCAUACGAUUGAUGUCGAGAAGGGCGCAACGGCAAUGGUCUGGUUGGCACUUGCUAGUCAGAGCACGCUGGACAACAUGGAGGCAAAGGAAGGUGUGGGCAAGUGGGGAAGCGCGACCGAUGUUUGGGGCCGAGAACGUGUGGACCGCACAGAGGUGACAGGAUGGGGUUGGGGAGGCAAGAUGGGCGAAUACAAGAGAAAGGGAAGGGAUCCGUACGCGACAGACCUGACCAAGGAGAGCCAAGAGCGCUUCACGGAGAAGGGGAGGAGGUGCUGGGAGGAGAUGGAGAAACUGCGCCUCGAGUGGGAAGAUCGGCUGCGACAGGCUGGAGUCGCUGUUGAGAUGGAGUGAUUUCCAACACACGCAGAGGCUUUUACGGCACCCCACACCCAGGCGCCGGCAUCAUUGUACACUUUUAAUAUCUGACGAUACAACACACAAUAAUUCUUUCUUGGGCCCCACACAUGCACAGCAGACAGACGUGGUUCCAUGGAGCGACCAAGACACCCCCUCUUCUACUUGCCACAUUGCGAAACUUCAGACUUUGGACUAAACACAAAAUAAAAACAGCCGAACUGACAGCACUAGUACCGACAUUAUGCCGGGCGAUCUCUUGUCAGAGAGGAGCCCGAAUGCUUGGGCAUAGCGAAGGUUGAGGCCU